AGUCCAGGAAAAUCCCAGCCCUUGCACACUCAGCCUCCCACACCCAUCUGCUUACCCUGACACACUCAAGCCUCCCUGACCCACCUUGAACAUUCACCAUCGCACACUCUCUGGCUCAUUUCUUUCACUCUCAGCUUCUCCCACUUCUCCCUGGGUAAUACUGCCAGCCUUUCCCUAACCCCAUAGCUGCAGCCUUUCCCUGUCGCUGCUCACCCCCUACCAUGUCCCUGGGACCAUUAAAAUUCCAGGCAGUGGGUGAAAAUGAGGAGGAUGAGGAAGCAGAGAGCUUGGACUCUGUGAAGGCGCUGACAGCCAAGCUGCAGCUGCAGACACGGCGGCCCUCAUACCUGGAGUGGACAGCCCGGGUCCAGAGCCAGGCCUGGCGCAGGGCCCAAGCCAGACCCGAGCCCAGGGGACCUGGGGCCAUUUGCGGAUUCGACUCAAUGGACUCUGCCCUUGAGUGGCUCCGACGGGAGCUGCGGGAGAUGCAGGCACAGGACCGGCAGCUGGCAGGGCAGCUGCUUAGGCUGCGGGCCCAGCUGCACCGGCUGAAGGUGGACCAAGUCUGUCACCUGCACCAAGAGCUGCUGAACGAGGCCGAGCUGGAGCUGGAGCUGGAGCCUGGGGCCGGCCUGGCCCUGGCCCCGCCACUGCGGCACCUGGGCCUUACGCGCAUGAACAUCAGCGCCCGGCGCUUCACCCUCUGCUAAGGGAUCCCUGCGUGUCUCCUGCACCACCCGCUACCCAUUCCCCUGCCCACCUGGGACGAAGGAAGAGAAGGGCGCCCCAGAGGAGCCAGCACCUGGAGAAGGGUCGGGGUAGAGCUGGGGAGAUGCUCAGCGCUCUGGGAGCUUAAAGCCCCAGUAUCCUGGGGCCCUGCUGCCCGGAUGGGGGAGGAGGGCGGUUUGGAGGAAGGGGAGGAGUUCACAGACCCCCCAGUCUCCUCAAUAAAUCUCUGCUUCCCA